UAAAUGUUUCAGUCAUUAUAGACUUUCACCGAGUUGAGUUGGCUUUACAUAGAGUAAAAAAAAAUUAAUUCAUUCUCUAAAUAAAUACCCAAAAAAAAUUCGCGUGAAUUUGUUUUGUUUAUCAAGUUUGUUGUUGUUGCAAUGAAAGUUGUGCAUAUAGAAGAAUUUUAAAAAAAGAACUCGAAAAAGGGGCAUUUCAGUACUAUUUUUUUGGUUGUGUGGUGUGAAAACAUGAUUGAAAUGUCAUUGGUACGACGUUGUACAAUCCAAUUGGAAUUUAAAUAAAUAAAAUAUGUACAAGCAACACUUUGUUUAUUAAAAUAAAUGUCGACCAUAUAAGCCAAGACAGAAGACAAAUUACACAAAGAGAAAAGACACACCAUCUUUUGUUGGGUGAUACAGUGUUUUUUUUGUUAUUGUUGUUGUUUGGUUCUUUUCCUCGAAUGAAUCGAAUGUAUAUAAAAUAUUGUGUACAGCGAAAAAAAUUCAAAACAAAAUGAGCAACACAUUUAUAACGACGGUGCAGAUUUUUUUAUGGAAACACUGGAAGUGCUUUCAAUGUUCAUGGGUUAAAAAUAUUUUUAUGAUUAUUGUGCCGAUUGCGAUUGCAUGGUUUCAAAUUCAUGUCAGCAGUGCCACUGUCAAAGGCAAAGAAAUCAUCUUUGAUUCAAUCCCAGAGGAUGAAAUUUUCCGAUAUUUUCCGGCGAACAAUGACGACCUGAUUUUGUAUUCACCAAACACAUCAUGGACAUUUCGUAUCAUGGAAAAUGUACGGACGCGACUGGAUAUCAUCGAACAAAGAGUCCACCCGUCUGACACUGAAGAAGAGCUACAGUCUUCCUUUAAGCGGCACAAAAAUAAUCGAGAUUUUGCUGUAAUUUUCUCACAAGAUGGAAGCAACGGACUACUUAACUACACCAUUCGAACGCGAAACAACAACUUUCGUACCGAACAAAUAUUCUUGAACAAUAUCUAUACGAUUGGUGAAAGAGGCAUUGACGAGUACAUCAACAGUGGAUUUUUGGCAUUACAGCGCAGCAUUGAUAAGGCGUAUAUUGAUUUGACGGCUGAACAGCAUCACGAUGAAUUUAAGUUGGAGGUCAAAAAACUGCCUUUGAAUGCUCGUGAGCGUAAUAAAUUUAUCGGAAUUAAGGAGACAGGAAUCUUUGUUGUGAUCAUAUACAGUUUUACAGCGCUGUUGAAUAUGAUUUUAGUUCCGAUGGUCGAAGAGAAAGGAUGUGGUGUCAAGGAAUUUCUGCGAAUUGCAUCGACCGACAGUUAUUUAAAUAAUAUGACUUUUUUCUUUACAAAUCUACUGAUCGGUUGUAUAAUAUUCGGAGCAACAUUGAUAAUUUUAGCUUGUUAUCAGCUACUCGGACAUGUUGCGUCAAUCUGGCUUAUUAUCUUACUCUUCUUAUAUUUGACAUCCGCCAUUGCAUUCACAUUUCUAUUAACCGUCGCUUUUGAUUCUGUUUACUAUGCAAAAAUUGGAGGAUUUCUCUGCUAUAUUGCGCCAUUUUUGAUUGUAUUAUUCAAUGAGAAAAUGUUGGACCUGAUUUUGCCCGUUUUGAAUUCAGCCGUUCUACUCAAGGGCAUGACCUUGAUCGAUAUUUAUGGCAUGAAAGGCUUGGUCUUUUCGUUCGAAUACCUGUUGAAUCGAUCAAAUGGAUAUUCGAUGCUUGAACUGUAUGGAUUCCUGUUGGCACAUACAUUUGGCUACAUUCUAUUGUAUUUCUACUUAUCGCAUGUGUUCCCUGGUAGAUGUGGUACACCAAAACCGUUUUAUUUUCCAUUAAUGCCGUCUUACUACUGUAGUAGUUCAAAAGUAACUUCAUCGGCGACGGGUGAUAAUACAGAUACCGUGAUUAGUGUUGAUACCCAAGCCGAGAUAGCGGUUAAAAUUCGUGGCUUAACAAAAAUAUUCAAAAAAUUCCGUGGUCGUAAAAAUGUCGCCGUAAAUAAUUUGUCAUUGGAUAUUUUGAAAAAUCAAAUCACUGUCUUGCUGGGUCAUAAUGGCGCUGGGAAAACGACAACAAUGUCGAUGAUCAGCGGCAUCAUUCCGAAAUCUGGCGGUACAAUUAGCAUUGAUGGUGAAGAAAAUGUUGAUGUUUAUCGACACAAAAUCGGAUACUGUCCACAGCAUAAUGUUUACAUGAGCUACUUCACAUGCUAUGACCAUUUGUGGUUCUUUGGACGGCUACGCGGACUUACCACAAAACAAGUUGUAUACGAUGCCAAUCACCUGUUGAAGAAGCUCAAUCUGACUUCAAAGGCAUAUGAGUACGGACACAAUUUAUCGGGCGGAAUGAAACGGCGUCUAUGUUUGGGCAUUGCAUUGAUCGGAAAUACAAAAAUCGCCAUUUUGGAUGAGCCAUCGUCUGGUUUGGAUCCAGAGUCGCGUCGUGAAUUGUGGAACAUUUUAUUGGACAUGCGAAAAGAUCAUACGAUUUUCAUAACGACUCAUUACAUGGAAGAGGCUGAAGCAUUGGCUGAUAAGAUUGCAAUCAUAUCACAUGGACAGUUGUUAUGCUAUGGUCCGUCGAUUCAAUUGAAGCGUCGAUUUGAAACGGGUUACAUUUUGAAAUUACUAACAAGCGAACCGUUCAAACAAGUCGAUACGAUUGAAUUAAUUCAGAAAUUUGUGCCGGAUAUGGCAUUGAAGUCGUUUGUCAAACCCACAUUAUUGAUCGCAUUACCAUACAAAUUCCAAUCAACAUUUCCGGAACUACUAUCGCAAUUGGAGCAAAAACAACAAGAAUUGGGCAUUUCAUCGAUUAGCAUCACAAAUUCAUCGUUGGAAGACGUGUUCUUGAAGAGUGACAGCAAUUAUGCCAGCCGACCAAAAGAGGGACAAGAUGAAGUCGAUGGACCACCGUACAACCGACUGCGCGAAGAACCACUGCGAGUCAGUGGAUUCGAACAAUUUUUAGCCAUUUGGUAUAAAAAGGGCAUUUUUAUGCGCGCACAGUGGCUGUAUUGGUUGAUGUUGUCAUCAUUCCCGAUCGCGGCUAUAGCCAUCAGUUUCCUGUCGAUCAACUAUAAACUCUUCAACAAAGGUGACACUGCAUCCGAGCUCAUCGAUCUGCACAUUGAUCGCAUCACACCAAGUGAUGCUCAAAUUCUAAUCUGGUUUGAUGAAUCCUUAAAAGAUCAAACGUAUUUCCAGCAAUCGCUGCAAAAAGUGAUUGACGGUGAAAAUUUGAAAUCAAAAUAUCUAACGUAUCCCAGGGAAUUAAUUGAAACAGAACUAUUGUACUUGGAACGUGCGAAUACAACCCAUUAUCAUGAAUAUUUUCCGGCCGCUUUGGUUAUCUAUCGAGACGAGACUACCAAAGGUAUUGGCAUUAGUGUAUUAUUCUCGGGAAAUUCAUUGCACAGUUUGGCGGCGACGCUGAAUCUUAUCAGCAAUUUUGAAUUGCAACUACUUACCAACGGUGACAAUCGAAUUAAAACAACAAAUGCACCAAUGCAUCGAAAUCAAACAAAAAUCAGCAAAUCCGAUUUGGACGUGUAUGCCAUGUUCAUGCCGAUGGCAAUGUUCUUCUACAUUUUAUUCUAUGUUUCGAUGCCAUUCAAUGAAGAACGCACCGAAUUCAAGAAGAUGCAGCCCAUUUCACCGUUCAUUUAUUGGACGUCAGUAUUUUUAUUUGAUGCAAUGAUUCAUGCAUUAUACGCAUAUUUUAUGUGCACCAUUCACAUUUGGUGCGAUGUACAUCAUAUUUUUGAAACAAAGGAACACGUGAUGUUCCUGUCUAUUUAUAUGCUGUAUGGUCUCAGCUAUCUACCGAUCAUUUAUAUGGUCAGCCAGAUGUUCCGCACCAUGUCGUCAUUGUACUCGUUCUUAACAUAUAUGUUUGUGAUUUUCUAUAUAAUCGCGUCGUUCAUUUCAUCAUCGGAGGACAAUAUAAAAACUUACAAUACACUGAUUAACGUUUUAUUAUUUGUACCUGACUACGCUUUAUCGCACGCCAUUAGUUCCUUGCUUAUUUCUUAUGUGAAGCAACAUGAAGCUCGAAUUAACUAUAAUUUUGAUCACCAAUAUUCACCAACCGCUAAAUUUAUUCCGGAAACAUUUUCAUACACCAGCAUACCCGGACCACUUGAUUUAACCAGAUACUUUUACUGCACAGCUGCUGUUAUUGCUGCUACUUAUUUGAUAUUGAUCAACGUUGUGGAGAGUAUUUAUCGACGUGAAAAAUUGCGUUGUUUCUUCACUUUAAGAUGGCGACAAAAGAAGCGAAUCGAUGAGCAACGCUCAAAAUCGGGCGAUAUUCAAAUGAACUGUUGCUCAUCGAACAGUGAUUCGCAGGUCGAAGAGGAAAAGUCACUGACGAGAACUUUAGUUCGUGAACAUAAACUCAAAGAAUACGCAGUCAUUGUGGCUAAUUUAUACAAAGCGUAUGACGAUUCAAAUGUGGUACGCGGCAUUGAUUUUGCCGUUAAACAAGGUGAAUGCUUUGGGUUGCUCGGUAUCAAUGGAGCUGGCAAAACGACGACAUUCAAAAUGUUGACACAUGACACAACGGUGACACACGGCAAUAUUUAUAUCAAUGGCAUGAGUUGCUUUGAUCAAUCAACUAUUUACAAAACGAUGUUCGGCUACUGUCCCCAAGUGGAUGCAUUGAAUUCAUACAUGACAGCUUAUGAGAUAUUGAAGUAUAUGGCUUGGAUCCGUGGCACCCCACGGCAUCGUAUCAACCGUGAAGUGGAUAAAUGGCUGAGACGAAUGGAUUUGGUGCGAUACAGACACUGUCAAAUCAAAUACUAUUCCGGUGGAACGAAACGAAAACUGAACACUGCCAUUGCAAUGAUUGCUGUUCCGCAGCUGAUAUUGCUAGACGAACCGACAACUGGAGUUGAUCCAGUGAGCCGACGAUUCAUGUGGAAUUGCAUACAAGAUUGUCAAAAGAGUAAUAAAAAUAUUGUGCUAACUUCACACAGUAUGGACGAAUGUGAAUACCUUUGCAAUCGCCUUGCAAUCAUGGUCGACGGAACAAUUCGAUGCAUUGGACCAAUUCAAAAUCUGAAAAAUUCAUUUGGACUGGGUUUCGUCAUUCACAUCGUGUACAAUGAACGUGCUUCGAUCGACAAUAGUGAGAACAUAAUCAAAGUAAAAGAAUCGAUGAGUCAAAUGUUUAUCCAAUGUAAAUUACAAGAAGAAUAUGCGGGUCGUUUAACAUUCAUCGUAAAAGAGAAGUCGUUGCAUUGGUCCGAGGUGUUUGCCAAGAUCCAAGCGUUGCAAAAGCAGUACAAGCAAUUUGUGACGGAUAUAACGGUGAAUGAAACAUCAUUAGAAGACAUAUUUCUGCAGUUUGCCAACACCAAUCAAACGUCGACGACAAAUCAAAAUAACAGUGCCCAUCUAGAGGCUCUUUCGAUUUAAUUCAGUGUUUCACUGUGUGCGUUAUAUGUGACGUUUGUUACUUAACCGCAUGUGUUCCACGACGAUUUGCAACACAGACAGAGACAUAGUAUUCUUCACUUUAUCCCCGACGACAAUUUUGUCGAGAUUUCUAUAUAUAUUUUGUGUGAUCCAAAAUGUGUUGUUUACGAUAGUAGUGAAAGACGUAAUAAUCAAGUCAACAUUUUGUUUUUCUUUGAAUUGAAACCUGAAACAAAAGAACAAACAAAGUACUAUAUAUAUCAUUUGCAUCUUUUGUGCAUUAGUUUAAUAAGCAAAAAAAAAAAUCAUUAUAGUGACAAAUGAAAAUAACAGAGUUUCAUAAAUAUUUGGGUGCUGAUGCUGCCCAAAUGAGUGUGUGUGUCUAUUGUGAUUGUGAUUUGGCAGCUAAUUUAAUUAAGUUAAUUAUAAUACGAUUAUAUCAAUCCAUGUAAUUAUGUUUUAUAACAAUUGUUUAGGCGAACCACACACACACACACACACACAUAAACAAUGACUAGUCGCAACAAAUUUCCAUAAUUUAAUGUUAACACACACCUUAUUUUUGUAUACGAUUUAAGUUUAACUUUUCGGUUAUUUCACAGUUUUAUGUUUGAAAUGCCUGAAAACGCAAUUUCAAUAUUUUUGUUUCAUAUAUUUUAAGUUGAGCGUGAUUGAUGAUCACGAUUUCGAUUUAAAGGGCAGCUACAGAUUGGAAAAUUAAGUUUUCAAUUCGAUUUAUGGAAACAUUUUUGAAAAAAUAUCGUAGCGAUAAAAAAAGCACUGACGAAUGGAUGAUAGUUUCGAUUUGCUAGAGCAAAUUUUAUUCGAAAUAUCAUUCGAUGCCAGAGCAUCAUCGUCCCAUAUCGACCGCAUAUAUUUAAUUGUUCAGAACACCUUUCUACAGUCAUUUCGACUUUCGAUGGUAUUUGAAUCUUUGAGUUGGAACCUCAUUGAUUCAUAAACACAAGACAUUUCUCCGACAAGCAAUUCGGUUUUGGCCCAUGCCAUGCACGCUUCAACAAUGGGCUCCACUGAUUGGGCAUUGUUGACACCAAUUCAAGAAUGCUGCCCAAUAUCUUUCGAUUGCAUUUCAAGAAAUCAGUAGAUUUCAGUACACUUUCCAGAUUUUCCGCAAUUUGUUUUCAAAGUCCCAAAUGCAUAGUGACUCAAUCCCUUUGAGCGAAAUCAAAAACAUGCUUAAAUCUAUGUCUAGAUUAUAAAUGUCAAUGUAGAUUCGGUCAUGGAGUCAUAGACCCAAGAAAACAAAACUUCUUUAAGUUUUCACAGUGUUGCAACAUCAAAUGGUAAAAAUCACCAUUCACAAUCUUCAUUCAAUUCUUGUCAUCAUCAUUUCAAUUCUUGUCAGCCAAGAAGACAUCUUCAAUUCUCUCAGAUUGAUCAAUUUAGCUGAAAUAGAACUGUUCUCGAAUAUCUAAAUGUACAGCAGCUCGAGACCUUUAAGUGAGACUAAUGAAGUACAGAGCCUCCUCAGCAUUCGAUCCAGCUAAAAUGAUUAAUUCUUUGAGACAAAGCACGACGAUAAUGACAGCUCGGCAACGCUCUAUUAGAGAUUAGUACCGCUGGCAACCGCAGAACUAUAUAGAAUCAUAUGGAGUCAUUUGGUGGCGCUGGCAAGCAAUUUUGCCUUAUCGUCAUGCUUUGCUUUGAGAUUAAUUCUCAACUUGAAUAUUUUUGGUGAUGAUUCCACAUUUAAUGGACCAGCGCCAGCAUCUUCACUACCAUCUCGACCGACUGGGUGGGAUAACUUUUGCUUUUUUUGUAGACGAUCCAUGACACGUGACUUUUAUUGGCCAGUCGAACUGUUGGCAGAUAAAUUUUUUUUGAAACGCUUUAAAUCUAAACUAUCUACCAGUACAAUUCAUUUUCUGUAUUGCAGACAGCUUAAAACUGUUUGUGAAUUUUGACUAGGGGGUAGACACAAACUAGAAAACUAAAAUAACUAAGAAAAAUUAGGACCUAUUAGGUUCUGUCAAUGUACACGUUAUAUGCGAUUUACUGAAAAAAAAACUAAGAAAAAUUAGCAAUACUAAAGCCCGUGUUUCCCCCCUAGGAUUUUGAAUGUUUUCUUAUUGUAUUUCAAAAACCAAUUUGAAUUGCGUUGCUCUCACCACUUGCGAUCUACGGCUGUUGAGUUGAAUAUGUUGUUGCUGAAUUAUAACUGUACCUUGAGCAACAUCAAUUGGUUUUGGUGCCAAUAAUGGCAACAAUAUUACCUAAUAGAUGUUUACGGUGGCGACGAUGAAUUUUGUUCGAAAAAAUCAAAAAUGUUUCCAUCAAGUCAAAGCCACCUCGAUUUUCUUUCCUCAUAUCCAAUUAAAAAUUGAGUGCGCACAAAUUCAAACCGCGCAUACAAAGUCAUCCAUCACAAAAUUUGCUGGCAAUUUAUAUCAUAUUAUAAUCAUAGUAUUAUUCGUAUACACAUAAAUGCUUUAAUUACGUUUAUUGACUUUGAUUUAUAUUUAUUUAUAAGAUUUUAUUUUCGCAGAAGAAAAUCCCAUAGUCCGACAUUCGUAUAUCUUUUGUAUGGAAAUUUGUCCGGCGAAAGAGAGAAAAAGGAAGCCCAUUCGUUCAUAAUAAACUAAAAAGCAUGAAAAAACGUCCACAUGAAAUCAUUCGAGAGAAGAAUUUAGCUUUGUUCACUGACACCAACCUGUACCUCUUUGCUUUAAAAUGUGUAAUUGUAUGUGACGCGUGAGAUUCAACUUCUGACGUCGAAAGGUAAAACAAUAAAAGAACACUAUUUUUUAUACAAACUUAUGACUUACAAGGAGCCUUCAGUGUAGCAAAUUUAUAGACAGAAAUAAACACAAAUUGCUCAGGAGAUUUCACGUCACAUCGCGAUGUGUUUAGCAAUCAAUUUGUAACAUUUGUAAAAUUAAUCACAUUUAAUGACAAACACCACAGUACUUAGAAACUUACCACAUCUAUGAGAGAAAGAAUGAAACAUGCAUUUUUCUAACAAUAGCUAAAUCUUUUUCACCUUCGCUGCAUUCCUACAUAAAUGUGUGCUAAACGCACAAAUCAAACAACAAAUCAUACACAUGCAAUACGAAACUAUUUAUUUAAACCAAAAAUCCAUAUAAAAUUCAAAGCAAUUGUAUUCAAUAAAUUGAUAAUUAAAAAAUGAAAAUUGUUUGGAAUAGAUAACGUGCUAGCAUAAAUGGAUAGAACAGUUUUUGUGUACAUUUACUAUAUUCUAUAUGUGAACAUGGGCUUGACCAAAAUAUAUUAUCUUG